AUGCCGCUGUUCCCUGAAAGCGGAACGAAAGCCUGGCUGGUCGUGCUCGGAUGCUGGUGCACUUCAUUCGCUUCCUUCGGCAUUGUCAAUUCGUUCGGUGUGUACGAGACAUACUACCUGCAAAACUUCCUCAAGGAUCGCUCUUCCGCAGACAUCGCUUGGAUUGGCUCUAUUCAGACUUUCACCCAGUUCUCGGCCACUCUGCUCGCCGGACCCAUCAAUGAUCGCUACGGUCCGAUGGUUCUGGUUUGGCCCUUCUCGCUCUUGCUCGUGAUUGCUAUGAUGCUCACCAGUCUCUGCACUGAAUACUACCAGUUCAUCUUGUGCCAAGGCAUUCUAUUAGGCAUGUCUUGUGGUCUUGUAUUUGCUCCAGCUCUCUCCGUCAUCGGUCACUACUUCUUCAACAAGCGCGCAAUGGCCAUGGCACUCGCUUCGACGGGUUCUCCCCUUGGCGGCAUCGUCUAUCCCGUCAUCCUGAACAAUUUGAUCCCUAGCAUUGGUUUCGGAUGGGCUCAGCGCGUCUGCAGCUUCUUGAGCCUUUUUCUGCUCGCUAUUGCUGCCGUCAGUCUUCGUCCCUCUGGUAUGAGAAGGAAGGGCAACUUCAUCCUUCUGGAUGCGUUCAGGAAUCCUACCUAUUCGCUCCAGGUGGCUGCUAUGUUCAUGGUACUUCUUGGUCUCUGGACACCCUACUUUUAUCUUGCAAACUAUGGCUUGGCUCAUGGCAUGUCGGCCAAUCUGGCUGGCUAUCUUUUUGCACUCAUCAAUGCCGGCUCCUUUUUUGGACGUAUCUUGGGCGGGCUCCUUGCAAAUCACGUUGGACAAUUCAAUGUCGUUACUGUCGCUUGUUAUUUAUCUUCCGUGCUACUCUUCUGCUGGCUCGCCAUUUCUUCAUCGGCAGGAUUGGUCGUCUUUGCGAUCUUGUUUGGUGCGGUCAGUGGUGCUAUCAUCGCCCUCAUGAUGCCGCUUUUUGCUCAUACGGCAGAUCAUCCCAGCAAGAUUGGCACCUACAUCGGACAAUCAACCUUCGUGGUCGGUUUCGCGGGUCUCAUCGGCACGCCCAUUACUGGAGCCCUCAUCACCAACGAUCAUGGGUACUCUCACGGCAUCGUCUUCAGUGCCAGUGCUGCGAUGGUCGGUGCUGUUCUGAUCAUCGUUGCGAGAUAUUCCUUUGCGAAUGACAGAAUUAUUGCUUGA